AUGCACCUAUAUUACAGAUCUGAAGAAUUGGUGAAAACCUCCAGAUCUGUUCUUGUUAUUGAAUAUGGUGGUGCUGGCGGUGGUGGAGAUAGUGGAGGUGGAGGAGGUGGACAUGGAGGGGGAGGGGUCAUGGAUGAGGCAGAGGUGGGGUUGAGAUGGCGGAGGCAGAGAUCGAGGUGGAGGUAUGGCAGAGAUGAGGGUGGUGGAGAAUCUUAUUCUACUACAAACUCUCUUAUUCUAAUAUCACUAAAUUCUACGACGAAUAUCACUAAAUUCUACAUCUCCAUCUCCACCUUUGUCAUACCUCCACCAUCUCAACCCCGCCUCUACCAUACCUCCACCUCCGCCAUCUCAACUCCCCCGCCCCCUCCAUGUCACCGCCCUUCCAUAUCCACCACCCCCACCAUCUCCACCAUCGUCAUCAUCACCACCAAAAUCUACAACAAGUACAAAUCUGGAGAUUUUCACUAAAUUCUGCAACACAAAUCACUAAUUUCUAUAGUGAAUUUCACUAAAUUGUAUUAGUUU